GUUCCUACAUGUACGUGCGGAUCACCUACAACUAUAGCGUAGUUUCUGCCCUCGUAUAGCAUGCAGUGCAGUUUUAAAACGUUCAGGUUUGAAGGAAAGGAUGAUGGAGAACCCGUGGAAGUAAAAACGCCAGAGGUGCUAGACCCCAGCUAUGGUAUGUACACCUGGCCCUGUGCUGCCGUGCUGGCACAGUUCGUCUGGCACAACCGUUCACAGGUGGCGGGCAAACAUGUUCUGGAGCUUGGUGCUGGCACCAGCCUUCCCGGAAUCCUAGCGGCCAAAUGUGGGGCUACUGUUACCCUGACGGACAGCUGCCACCUGCCUCGCUGCCUAGAAAACUGCAGAAGGAGCUGUGAGGUCAACAACAUGUCAGAGGUCAAGGUGCUUGGUGUGACCUGGGGUCAAGUGUCACCAGCUAUGUUGACCCUGCCACCUGUGGAUGUGAUCCUGGGGUCUGACUGUUUCUAUGAUCCAAAAGAUUUUGAGGAUGUGCUGGCCACAGUGUACUACUUCCUACAGAAGAACCCACAAGCCAAGUUCUGGACAACUUACCAGGAAAGAAGCUCUGAUUGGUCGAUUGAGGCCCUCCUGAAGAGGUGGAAACUGACAUGUGUGCACUUCCCACUUGCCUUAUUUGGAGCCGACAGCCCGUCGCUAGGCGGGUCAGAUCUGCCCAGCAACCACUCCAUACAGAUGCUACAGAUUACAGCCAGAUGACAGAAGACACUUUCAAGACGACUGAUUAAACGUUAUUAUAAAUCUAUUAAGAAAACUUUAUCAUUU